AUGGGCGCAUCGAUCUCCAAACAGCGUCGGCUCUAUCGUCCGUUCAACGCUGGGGAGUUUACUGUUGCGUGGCUCACGUUUAAGGGAGACGCUGUUGAGGAUGAAGAGCAGCGCUCGAUGGCGAAAAAAGAGGGACUAUUGUCUUCCAAGCUGCUACGUGGACUCUUUGGUGAUAUGACGAUGCAGUGCUUAGAGAAGAUGCCUGGAACCACCAUUUCGAAGGAGGCAUUCGUUUGCAUCUUAGCUUUGUUCUAUGAAGGCAAUACGGAGGAUCGAAUUAGUUACAUUUUCACCAUGUACAAAAUCAUAUUGUCAGGGGAAAACAAGAAAGGAGAGGGGUUUAUUGCAGAAAAGGACUAUCUAUACCUUUUGAAUUACCUUGAAGAAUAUAUGCCUUUGCCUAAACAGCUUUACGCUGCUUUUGAGGAAUGUAUGAUUCCCAUGGCGGGAGUGAUGUCAAAUUCGCAAUUUAUUACGUGGGUUCGUCGAUAUCCAGACGUUAUGGAGUUUCUUGCUAUCCAUCUACCACCGUCUCCACUGCAGGGAAGUCCGACCAGCAUGAGUCGUGCGUUAAACAGCGAGGAAUUUCUGGCCAAUUCCGAUCUUUUGAACAACAGUCCAUCUUGCCAAAACGACCCAAGCCGCAACCCAUUCCAUAGUUCGUUUGACUUUAUUGGUGGCGAAGAUAGCGGCGACGAAGACUCGGAUGGAGUUUAUGACUCGGAUAAUCUUACAGAGGCGGAGAUGUCGCAAAGCUCUUAUCGAGAAAAUAGUACUUCGAUUGAUGGAAAUGACGAAUUGUCAAGCAUUUUAACAGAGGUUGGCGCUGUUGUCAAGGAUGAUAGUACGCAGCGCACGGGUGCCGUUAGUCGAAAUCGACAACGAACAGAUUCAGCGCCGGCACCGUCAUCUGCUCGAGUACCUCAUGACUCUGCACCAUCAUCACGACGGGCUUCAAAUCGUUCUGGCGUCUCACGCACGCGCGGGGUUCAAAAAAUGGGGAGAUACAUGGGCAAAGCUGUUGGUGGCGGAAUAUCACGAGUCGGUCACGUAGGCCGGAGUAUCUUGCACGUAGGAAAGUCUCAAGGCAACAAACACCAGACUGGAGAUCUUCAGAAUGAUGAUCCAGCAGCGGGCGAGCUUUUGUCGGCCGGUUACUCCUUUUCCUCUGAGUCCCGAAGUACGAAAAAGUAUGUGUGCGGUUACUUACACAAGGUCAGUGACAGUAAAUGGGGAAAAAAGCGAUCAUGGCAUCGCCGAUGGUUUGUUCUCGAUCGUCAGCGUGGCAUCCUUUCAUAUUAUCGACACAAUCCGGCCAACCACAUCCCGACCUCUUCAUCUCAUGGCAACAUUGUGCACAUGGCGGAUUCCCCUGUUCCCGUGGGCAAAGGUUUGGCUAGCCACCGAUCUGAUGGACAUUUAUUCGAAUUACCUAUGCAGCCAAUUUCGUCUGGAAGCAUGUCAGGAGAGACAGGCAACAGCAAUGCUAGACGCUUAAGUGACUCCAAUGUAGAAGCGGAAGACGCAGAAGCUGUUGUUCGGAGUAAUACAACGACCGAGAAAUCAAUUGAUUCUGGAAAAUACGAGCAGGAGCAAACACCAGAGCAGCAACAGACUUUAUUGUAUUUAAAUGAAACUCACUACUGGUAUCGCGGUGCUUUGGAUCUAAAUAUGGAUAGUGUAUCGCUGCUGUUCGAAAAAACAUUAGCGAGAAAUGCACCGACACGGUAUUUUUUUCAAGUCUCCACACUGGCGCUACAAGAUAUCGACUCAAAACGUGGUGUUCAGUACAAGUUAUGUGCUGACUCGGAGACAGAUUUUGAUCUCUGGACGUUGGCGAUAGCCGAGGUCAUUAAUCGGAAGGCCUCGCUUAAUGAGAACGCCAGUACUGGUGGACCAGUGCUUUCUCACCAACAACGAUACCGACAGCGUCUUGUCCAAAAGCAUGUUGAAGCACAAGCAGCUUCUCAAUCGGAUUGUGUAGCAGCUGCUGACAGUGGGCACGAUUCAUCACCGUUAAGUCGUGGACGAGUUGCAUCAGAACAAGUUAAAGAGGAAGAGCAGAAGCAUCACGCAGUGAGUGAUGCCUAUUCGACAUCACAGCCGAAGCGAAAGAUUCCGCCGCGUAUUGUGACGCAGUUCUCGUCUGGAUCGGAUGUUGGAUCGUCGGAGGCUUCUUGCUGGCAUUUUAACUUGAAGGUUGAUGGAACCAAACAGUGCCUUAUUUUUGGGUUUAUGCUUAAUAUGGUGGCUAUCCGCUGUCUCGCGAGUGAACAUGUUCUGUGGAAAGUAUUUGUAUGUAUUGUUGUGUCAGGAUUGUAUGUCGCCAAUAUUUACAAUCCGAGACAAGGACAUCGCGGAAGCCUGGGUAGAUCCAUUUCAGACUUGGGCAUUGAUAAAGCACUGCAUGGGACAGACGUUGUAGAGUGCAACAAUCCAGAUAAUUGCUGCUUGCACAAGACUUCGAAUAUAUUAGGAUCAGACGGUGGCGAAAAUGAGGGUGUCCAGGCAGAGGGAGUAGGUGACAAGCCAUCACGGCGCUCAAAUACGCGUCGGCUCGUCAAAUUUCCAAUGGGCAGUACCAUGAAUCACUGUGAACGGCAAUCAAGCGGGCGGUCGAGCAACGUGGAACACUCAUGGACUACGACACGAGGUGAAUUAUUUUAUGUUCGAAGCGCUGACUACAAAAAGUCGCGGAAGAAAGAGCCCUCAAAACCUGCACUCUUCGACUUUAUUGGCGCUGACCUCGUUCGAACCGAGAGCAAAGUGGAUCCUAUUUCCCAGCGCGUCGUGUUUCCGGACGAGCACGAGAACAGUCGACUUUUUGUGAUAAACGCGCAGCUUCCAGCUUACGGCCCGAGUGUGUGGGGAGAUAGCUCAUACGAUGGUCCAGGCUACACUUUGGCUCUUUACUGGAGGAUUCCAGACAGCAUCGUUGAGGAGCUGAAGAACCCAUCUACAACAACACUAAUGUUGCUGAAACGAUUUCUUGAGGCUGGCAACGACACAUCACUCACGGACCGCUUCAAGGUCAUUGCGCAAGUAACUAAUCAAGACGAAUGCGGACUCACUGGUAUGGCCAAGAAGUUGCUGACGAGCCACAACGCAACACCAGUAUUAACACGGCCUCAGCAUCGCGUCUAUCACUUUAAGGAUGGCACCACGGAAUUGGUUGUUGAUAUUCACGCAUUUUCGUACAUAGCGCGUCGUGGCAUUCAUUUGCUACUUGACAAGACGUCACGUCUUGUGAUUGACGUUGCCUUUGUGAUUCAGGGCGAGACAGAGGACGAGCUACCCGAGCAGGUACUUGGGUGUUGUCGCCUUGACCACGUCAACGUACAGAAGGCUAAAAACUUGCCGUAA